AUGGAGGAUUUCCUCUACAAGCUUAUUGUGAAAGCCGCCCGUCUACCAAAUAAUGACGGCGAAGAUAUUAUAAGUUAUGCAGCAGAGGAGAAGAGGCUUGGGACAAAGGAAGUAUAUGCAAUGAUGCAGUGUGCGAAAGACAUAGCCUACUGUUCGGAUUGUUGGAAAUGGACUACAAGGGAGCUUUUUAAGUGUUGUAGCAAUAAACAAGGAGCGAGGGUUCUGACUACGACAUGUAAUUUGAGGUAUGAGCUUUACCCUUUUCUUAGGGCUUAA